CGGAUAUCGAGAGACGAGAGCCACGGUGCAGACAGUGAGACUAAGAACGCCUUAGUACCUGACUCAAACCGUCCACUCUCUCUCGCUCUCCAGACACCUGCCUCUCUCUCUUCUUCGGCAUUUUCCUGCUUCCUUGCCUCCUCCUCCUACAUGUACUCGCCUUGCUGCUGCUCUUCUCUUCCGCUUCCCCAGUGACUAAGGUACCGACUUCCCUAGGCACGCAUUGACGCUGUGCUCCGCCCUCUCGACCCAGCGGUGCCACUCCAGACGCAGAGCAUCCCGGUUUCAGCAGCUUGUCUCACUUGCCUCGAACGAGCACAUAUUCCGAGCCGUCAACAAGUGUUCCUGCUUGCACGCGCGCUUUUCCCAGGCUCCUAUUACCACGAGGAAGCCAUAUCCGAUCCUCGAUUUCUUCCCAAUCAGGCGAGACACCCAACCGCCAUAGCAAUCACAAUGACCCGCGCCGACGCUCGGUUCAGCAGCAUCAGCACCUACUCUGGUGCGCCCUCCCUCCAGCCGUCCAUUGCUCCCACGCACGACUCGAGUUCGCACCGCUCCUCUUCUCAGUCUCACCAGUACACCAACUCGCGCUUCAGCGAGCAGACCUUCCUCAUGCCUGCGACUAUACCGGAAAAGGGCCGUUCGCUCUACAGCAGCAGCAGGAGCGACAGCAGCUCCACCCUAACGCUCUCCUCCACCGACCCUAGGACGGCCGACAUCAAGAUCUUUGCCAACUGCCUCGACCGCAUGAGCGACGAGCGCCUGGCGGACAAACAGCGCUAUCGCAUGAGCACCAACAAGUCAGAGGACAUGGGCAAGAUUGCGCUGGGCGCGAGAUUGGAGCGCGCGCUCUCACGAAGAAUGGUGGGACAAGACGCGAUCCUGAAGCCUAAGAAGUCGGCAACUUUACCACCGGACGAGAAGCGCGCAUUGGAAGUAGAGGUCAACUAGAAAGUUUUUGCGGUCUCCGACGUUACGACAGCACAACACAGCUUGAGUAGAAACUUGACCAGCAAAGCGGCAUACGACUACAUGCAUCUCCUUUUCACCUUACAGGACCCUGGCUGAGGAUGAUAGCGUCGGAGAAAAGAAAUGGGAAGAGGGAGUUUUCUUUGGAGUUGAGAAGUAUGUGUUGCUUCCAGGUUUCUUGGGUUCUGGUGUUUUUUUCGAAAAACACGGCGGCGGUUGCAUGAUUACUUUUGGUUGGGGGCUGGAACAGGGCUUGUUUUUUGGAACUUCGAAAUUGCUUGCUUGCUUGCAACCUAACGACGACGAUUUUGGAAUUUUGUUUUUUGGCUUGCGAACAUACCCUAUGUUGACUACCUACCUUACUGUUGUUUUGUUUUUCAGUACCUGGCAGUUAUCUUUCUACUUACUAGAAGCAGACUUACCCUGCGGCUGAAACAGAACGAAGAAUUGAAAGCUGCUUUCAGCACAUUUUUGAUUCUUGAUGAUGAGGAGCAAGCAAGGUUAUGUGCGCUACAUGUACUUGAUCAGGAUAUACCAAUGCGUCCGCCGACCGCUGACAUGCAGUGUAUGGAGCAGAGUAGAUUAUACCUUUAGUACCUACAGGUAGUUGUAUGAUGGCACAGGC